CGCUAUCUAUUGCAUUGUCCAUCGUAUCGCUGAAUACGAGAUACAUAGUCUAGAUCUAUGGUCGAUUGAAGCUACGUACUCACUUCAUUAUCGUCACCACCAUCUCAUGGAAAGAACGCCUAUCUUGAAUUGUAGAUAGGAGCACCUCCAAAACACUGCGACCCUUCUGCAUCCAUCUUCCAUCGGCAACUCCGCAUCGUUCUCACCGCGAGACUUGCUACGCCCUCUUUGAAUCCAUUCCUAAGGCAGCACAGUUCCAGCGCUGGACCGAGUCACCGCCAUGUCUUGGCACAAUCGAAUCGCGCUGAAGCGCCACGGCUUUCGAAAAAUGGGCGGGUACCAACAGCCGGACGACGACAUGCCCUUGGUGAAAGCCUCGUCGUCCCUGACCGCGUCAACGGCCUCCUCCCGGAGCAUCUCCCCUCGGAGCGGCAACACGCCCAGUCAAAUCAUGUGCGGAAGCGGUCUCGGGUUCAAAGUGAAGGGUCUGAACAAGAACGCGAAAAACAACUACAAUCACAGCACCAAGAACAUUGCCGCCGUUCCCGACGAAAUCGAGGCUCUSUCCUUCCCGGAYCUUCGCGCCUCUGACAACAACAGCCCAGUCUCUAUUCUGGAGGAGAAUAGUCAUUCGUUCACGGUUCAAUUCGAUCCAGACAACGGUGUGAUUCCAGUUGUAGAAGAAAAGAGUGAUUCGGCAACCGUGUUCUUCGACGAAGCCUCGAACGACGGAAGCAUCUUCACUGACAGCAAACAAGAUAAAUGCGACGAUGAGGAAGACAACAGAUCUUUGAAGCCUCCAUCCCUGGCAGAUWUGAAUUCUUACAACRGCGAAGAGAAAGAAAGGGAUGCUUCKGACUCCAGCUCGAGGAAUUACCUCMACGAAGAUGCCGAUGCGGCAACAUGGAAAGCCGACGAAGUCGAUACCUUCCUGGAUGCUGAAGAUUUCGGUGACUCGUCAGGACGAUCUCCAAUGUUGGAGAUUAGUGGCAUCAAUUUAGUGACAGAACGCGAUAGAUAUGUCAAUGAGUUGCAAGAGACCAACCAUCUCAUGGUAUUCAAUGCACUUGUGCUCAUCCAGAAACAAAGAGACUGGAUCGCUGGAUCCCUCGUUACCGCCAAAGGCGCCAGCAAAGGUGCCAGCAACCUGAUCAUGAUGGAACUUUCAAAUCUCGAGCGAAAAAUCAAAUUAUUGAUGGACCACAAAGAGUGGCCAAACGAACUCGAGCGCAAAAAGCAAAAGAUCGACCCUCUCACACCUUCGAAAGCAUUCUUCAAGUCGAUGGCACUGAUCGACAGAUCCAUAGAACAAUUCCACAAGGGGUAUUUGGAAUGCAUGUCCAAUACCGGAGAAGAGAACCACGAACUCAGAGCUCGUGUUGAAGAACUGCUCGCUCUGAAURAUACGCUUCAAAAGGAAGCAUCCAGAUCAAAACAAAAGACGGAAACAAUUCGCAACCUGCAAAAGGAGCGGGACGAGCUGACACGAAGGAUGGACCGGACCGAUGAAAAGCUGGCUUCGUUACUGCCCAACGACGAAAGCGAGAGUAGCACUCCCAAAUCAAAAUUUCUCAGCGUCAAGUCGUACAUCGAGAGACUAGAGGCGGAACGGGAGAGGCACUUUGCCGAGAUUCGACAGCUGAAAGACACAAUGGAAAGCACUCCAGUUGAUUCUUUCACGAAGGGCGACGACACCCAAGAGGAAAAUGCCAGGGCAUCCGAAAGAUCUACUCUUUCGGCUCUUGACAAAUUGGCUGACGAGACAAUAAGUAUUGACGAAGUUUUGUCGGUUGUAUCAGACAUCAGCGAUAGCGAGAACAGACUCAACGAUGAGACUGAUGUCCUCCGUGACGACCUCGGCUCAAAAUGGCACACUCUGCAAGAAAAUGAAGACGCCAUGGCGUUGGUAGCUAGCAAAGAAAACGAGGUCAACAAGCUGAGCAAAGCUGUAUCUGAUCAKGGAUGCUCUAUUGAGUCGCUCCGUUCCGAAUGCAAACUCAUGAGAGUGCAGCUUUUGGAACUCGAAACGAACCGAAAUGAGUAUAAGUACCAGUGCGAAGUGAAAGACGCUGCACUUGCAAUCUCACAAGAUCGCAUCUCGACCUUGGAGGAACAAGUUCUCGGUGCGCACGCUCAAUGUGCCAUGUACGAAGAAGASUUGGAGGCUAUGAAGGAAUCMUUUUCUCCCGAAAACGCGGCCACAAAACAGGAGUUUUUCCACUCCGGAGACGAAGUGAAGAGUCAACUCGAACGAAUCCAAACACAAUUUGAAGAAGAAUUAGAAAGCAAAGAGAAAGAGUUGAAGGAAGUCGAAGAAGACCGUGAACGGCUAGUCCGUGACCUUAAGUCCUCCAUGAAAGAGGUCGAAGUGGAGCGGGACAAUCUACGCGCAGAGUUAAUUAGAAAGAACAAUGCGUYACCCAGAUUACCGCCACUGCCACCACCAAUUGYAGAUACCUUUAARGAUGAAAAGAAAGAAGCGGACGAAGACGUUUYGUUGCCGGGUCACAUCGAUUUUGAGCGAAUGCARAGCCGGUUUGCGGAAAAGGCAUCCAAACAAGCGAACACAAUUGCGCUUCUAACCGAACAAAACGAAAUCAAGGACGAGCAAGUCAAGGCCCUCCAGGAAAUGAUCGAGUCGAUGCUUGGGAACAACAAAUCCGAGUUUAGGCCGGARGAUAAGAAUAGGUGGGGGCAACGAUUUUCCAACCUACGAGCCAAGUCGCAACGCAGAGCCUCGGACCUCUUGAACCGCAGUCGACACGGAGGAAGCACCCACGGYAGUCGACACGGAGGAAGCUUUCAUGGAAGUCGCCAUGGCGGAAGCAUUCAUAGCGACGCGGACGAGAUGGAGGACUAUUCGAAUCGCUAGACUAUACAAAUUCCCCGAACCUUUCAGACCCUAGUGGAUUAUGUGAAUCAUCGGCAACWUUUCCGARGUUGGAGUACCAACGCAAUGGGCACUUCGUGGAAGCGCAUUGUGCAAGAACGGAAUAGGAAUUAGCCGAAAUAAAGACGUCGAGCUGCGACGCAAGAUACUAUUUGUCACAAUCUGCACUCUGUAUCAUAAUGUUGUAACGUAUUGAAACCGAAUUUUAUCCAAACAUAGUUGUCUGAAGCAUUAAUUAYUCAUAGUGUCCAAGACAAAACGUUCCACCCGAAUAAGAGUUGCCUAAUAAC